AUGGCGCUGGGCGGGCUGUCUGCGCGCCCUGGGGCUCGGGUGGCGCUGCUGCCCUGCGUGGGCUGGCGGCGGCGCCGGGCCCGCGGCGCGAGGUGCUUAUUCUUCCAGUCGCCGGUCACCUGCCCCGCGGCGCUGCUGGGGCGGAGCCGGGCUCCGCGCCCUGCCUGCCCGCUGCCGCACAGCGACAGCCCGCUCGCCCGCCUGCUGCGCCGCCUGCUCUCGGCGCGCCGCUCGCUGGAGCUCUGCCUCUUCGCCUUCUCCAGCCCGCAGCUGGGCCGCGCCGUGCAGCUGCUGCACCGCCGGGGCGUGCGCGUGCGCCUCGUCACCGACUCGGACUACAUGGUGCUCACCGGCUCGCAGAUCGGCCGCCUGCGGCAGGCGGGGAUUCAGGUGCGACAUGACCAGGAGAGUGGCUACAUGCAUCACAAAUUUGCUAUUGUAGACAAGAAGAUGCUCAUCACUGGUUCCCUCAACUGGACCACUCAAGCUAUCCAGAACAACCGUGAGAAUGUACUGAUUGUGGAGGAUGCAGAGUAUGUGGAGCCAUUCCUGGCAGAGUUUGAAAGGAUUUGGGAAGAGUACGAUCCAGCUAAUUAUACAUUUUUCCCCACCAAAAAGGAACAGAAAUGACAGCUUUUUGGAGCUGGAAGGGUCCUUGACAAAUAGCAUUUUUCUAACAAGCUUCUUUGUGUUUAAUUUCGUUAUAGCUACAAAGACUAUAGCAUCAUGCAAGGGUGAAGAGUUCUGUACUUUUUAAGUGAAAACCUCACUGUGUACUAAACGAAAGUGCAUCACUCUAAACUUCUUGGUAAGUAGUGGUGUAGUAGAAGGGCCAGCAUGUUCUAGCUGUAGUGCUGGAGCUCAGAAGAUAAUGGCCACUGUCGUGCACUGGAAGACAGCAAAGUUUGGAAUGUUUAAGAGUAUGGAUAUUUUGAUAGUGAAAUAGCCACUUACUGGUUACUGCUUGUGACAUUACAGAAUGAUAUACUAUUUCUGGUAUGGCUGAUGGUUGCUGGGAAACUACUUGUUUAUUUCAUGCAUGGCAGUAUGAGUGCAAAUAUUCAUCACCAGUUCUCAAAGAAUUGGGUAAGGGGGUUCUGCACAAAGCUAUAAUUCACACAUGGACUGAACUGGGUAUGUUACUUUAUUAGGAGUGGAAAGUGCCUUAGACAUUUAACCUUUAAAAUACGUAAGACGAGGUUUGUUAUGGAAAACUUGAUUGAGAAGUCAGGAAUUUUAAUAUUUAUUUUGAAUUUUGAUUAACCUCCCUCUAGUCUGUUCACUUUCUCAGUAGCUGCAGCGUAAUAGAACCCUAGAAAAAGUACCCUGGUGGGGCUGGAGAGUAGAUAUGGCAAUCUGCAGAAAAACAAUACAGGCUGGCCAUCAUAAUAGCCCAGGAGUGUGAGAGAAAUACCUGGAGUGCAAAGGGUUGAAAAACUGACUGUAGCUGAGUUGUUCCCCCUCAGGGAAAGGAGCUGCAAAAGGAAACCCCAGUGCACACAGGGGACAGGCUUCUUGCUCUGUUCAGAUACAAGAAAAGAAGUGUAACCCCAUCCAUAUCAAUUGCCCAACGUGGCUUGGCAAUAGAGAAUAUAAAACACCACCAUUCCCAUUUUAAUCUUCAGGAUAGAUUGGCAGUUUUCCCCUGUGCAAGCCUUCCCUGCAUUUUCUUGCAGAUACUAGGUGUUGUCAUGUCCCUGUCCUCUUGGGAAGUGGGCUUUUAAUAUCAAUCAUCUACUUCCCUCCUCCAUUUAUGGUGGCAGUCUCCUAAAUGAAAUUCAGAGGUCAGGGUAGAUUCUUGACAUCCUGAAAACAAAACCAUUUCAUGUCUAGUGGAAAGCGGGUUACUGCUCUUGAAGAUGCCGUGACAAGCAACAAAAGCUGUUAUGCCUAUGCAGGUGUAAGCUCUCCCCUCAGGGUUAAGAGGGCAGUUCAGUUUCCAUACCUGUUACAUCCUUGGCUCUUACUAAGAGUUCUUGAGGCGUUGCCACAGAUUAAGAAUGGAACACACUGAUUUGUUUUAGACAUAUCUGCCUAUACACUUGAAACAGUGACCUGGAAUGUGAGAGGGUUCAUGUCCUUAUGCCACAGUGCUAUAGCGAGGGUUUGAGUGUAAAACUAACUGCAGCGUAAAGUUUGUAAAACAUCAAAUCUUGCAGUCCCAGUAACAGCCUUUGCCACAUACAGUUCAAGCUGUGGUGUUUGACUUGUUCUUUGUUGUAAAAAACCAUUUUCCUGUGUAAUUGGCUCUCUUUUCUUGUUUCUAAGUUACUGUGGCUAUUUUUAUGUCUCACAGUUAAAUGUUAUUCCACACUUACAACUUCAGUUUACAUUGGGUUUAAGAGCUUUACUACUGUACCAGUAAUUAACAGAAAACAAUGUUCAGAACAGAGCUCAAGA